UGCCAUGUUUAGUUUGUCCAACCCGAACAAAAGUCUGCCGAAUUUCGUGUGAACAUGGCCCAGACGCAGAAAGGUCUUUCUCAUUUCGAACGGGCCAAUGAGGCCUGUUCCAUGUUAAGAGAACGCCUGCCACUCCCUCUGCAGAGUCCGAAAGUUGCCAUUGUCUGUGGCUCGGGACUGGGGGGUCUUGCCAACACAAUACACCCCGAACUCCGCGCAGAGUUUGAUUACGCUUCCAUCCCUCAUUUUCCUCGCCUUACAGUCGCCGGACAUGCCGGAAAGCUUGUCUUUGGGCUUAUCAAUGGGCAGGUUCCUGCGGUCUUGAUGGUCGGUCGUGCGCAUUACUACGAGGGACACUCCAUUGAUCAAGUGACGUUUCCCAUCCGAGUUUUUAAACUUCUGGGUGUUGAUACCGUUAUACUGACCAAUGCCGCCGGGGGACUCAACCCAGAUUACGCAGUCGGGGAUAUUGUGCUGCUCAACGAUCACCUUUUCUUGGCUGGAUUGGCAGGGACACACCCACUGCGAGGACCGAACGACGAGAAGUUUGGUCCCCGAUUCCCUCCACUGUCCGAUGCAUAUGAUCUUGAACUUCGUCGCCAUGCACACGGGAUCUGGAAGGCGCUGUCGCAGUCGCAAAAUAGGAGACUGCACGAGGGUGUGUACGCCUUCGUUGGAGGACCAAGCUAUGAAACCAGGGCAGAGUGCCGUCUUCUCCAUCAGCUAGGCGCAGAUGUAGUCGGCAUGUCGACUGUGCCGGAAAUCGUGGUCGCUAGACACAGCGGUCUCAGGGUUCUUGCACUCAGUCUUGUGACAAAUACCGCCGUCCUCUCGCCUGGUCCUCGUGGAGAUGACAGUUUACUUCAAGGCAAAGACACCCAAGAGCUAGACGCCAUCCUGCAAAAGGGGAAGGCAAACCAUGAAGAAGUUCUUGAAGCGGGCCGUUCUGCCGCCAUUGAUAUGCAGGUGAGCCUCCCCCAACCCCAUCUCUUCAUGUUUCUCUCGAGGUCUUCGGGGCCUUUCGCGCAACCAGGUCUUUAA